AUGAUGCAUAUGAUAAUGGAAUUCACUAGAGACGUUUAAUUCGUCUUUAAAACUUGGUAUGCUAAAGAGGAUGGAAACCCAGGAUGGUUUUAUUUGGGUUUAGUUUUAACAUUUAUUUACUGUUUUGCACAUAUGUUUUUACCUAGAAUAGAGAAAUUUUUAAGAGAAUUCCUUUUAUGUAGAUCAUCAUCUAUGAUUGUCAUUAGAUUAGUUCUAACUGGAUAUUAAUUCAUUUACCAACUUUCAAACAUUAUAGUUAUGAUGCUAAUGAUGACUAUGAACUUUUGGGUAGGAUUAGUUAUAGCUUUAGGUUGUGGUUUAGGUUACUCUUUCAAUGGAAUUCAUAAAGAUUGGAGAGAAGCAGUAAAAAAAUAUGAUAAUGUCACUGAAAUAUCAAAUUAUACUGAUUCAGACACUCCUUAUAAUAAAUUUUGA